AUGCAAGAUCAACCCACGGGGAAGACAAAAAGACACUUUUGUUCGUUUUGCAACAAGGCCUUCUCGAGGUCUGAACACAAGACGAGACACGAGAGAUCACACGCAGGUGUAAAACCAUUCGAGUGCCAAGUUUGUAGUCACUCCUUUGUGAGAAGAGACCUUUUACAGAGACAUAUCAGAACUGUGCAUAGAAUUUUACUGCUGAGAGAUACUGGAGCGCCCAGCCAAGAGAAUGAAAAGGAUGCCACUUUCAAUGUCAACAAUGUCGAUAAACUAAUAAACUCUAUGAUAAUAGUGAAUAAUACGGUGAAUGUUGGCAACUCCACGUUAGACAGCAACGAUACUGACUCCAGCAAUGCUCAAAUUGGUGCUACAGGCGAUCAUGUGGAUCAAACAGAUGACAACAAUGGUAAAGUCACACAUUAUACAUUCCAACCAGAAAAUGGUAAACUGCCACAAGGUCAAGCAACCGAUGGUCAGAAAGUCAGAAGUAAUUCAGUUGCUUCUGAGAAUAGGCAAAGCCAGCGGGUAUCUAAUGGCUACAAUGUAAAAAAUAGAGUCAAAUCGAAGUUUCUCAGUUUCAAACAGAAAGACUUGACAUUUGGUGAACACGGAGACGAAGCAGGUAUUAUAUCCAUAGAUUACACGAAUAACCUGGUUCUAUCUAAUUUUAGUGAAAGUGAUAUUUCAAUGAUCAUAGAGAGUGUGGAAAGCAAUCCAAAUCUUGAACUCUUACUGUUAAUAAUUCAUAUUAUGGAAAGAAAAUAUCCUCAUGCAGAGACUUCUAAACGUAUUUUAACGAGAGUAUUGUCAUUUACAGGAAUAACAUUCAUUGAAUCCAAGCUAAUUGCCGCCAUACAGGUACGUUAUAGUUUACUUUCCCAAAGAGACGAGAAUCUUUUGAAAUUUUAUUCCCUGUAUCAAGAUCAGAUAUUGGAAUUUAACGAUUUUUCGGUAUUUAACUUGAACCAAUGGACAUGUUUAUCAGAUUUUCUCAAUGCCUCUAAGAAUCAAAAUGCUCUGGUCAUUUACCAACAAUUUAAACGGAAAUUUUUACUCGAUAAGAAAUCUAUUUUGAUGCCUUAUGAGAUUCUAAAUUUAUUAGAUAUCGAGUCCAAGAAAAAGUUAAGAAAUUUGAACAACUUAGAUUAUUUUACGAAUCUGACCUAUUGGGAGAGUGUAUUACUAAAUGACAACAAUUUUGACCUAUUAAUUCAACUAAAUAAAAACUAUAUGAGAGUAUUUGAAAAUGGUCAGCAGUCAAAUUUAUAUUGCUUGACAUCUUUCAACUCCAAGCCAGACGGUAAACAUUGCUAUAACUAUCGUAUUCUUUCAGAGUCUAAUUGGCUGUUACUGAAGCUACUUUGCUGGAAUAAAGAUGUCAAUUUACAGGAUUCUUUGAAUUCUGUAAAGCAUGACAUAUGUAACGCAUUAAUCCCUCUAAUGAAUACGUUAAUAGACAGCAGAGAGAGAUUAUUUUCAAUAAAAAACGAUAACUCCAAAAUAAGUCUGAUCAUAGAUGCUUUGUUUUUCCAAUUGGAACUAUUUUCUGUCCAAUUACUCCCUAAAACGCAAGAAAAUAUGGAAGGAAUUUCAGAGUUUUUAUGUAACGAAAGCUUGCAAAAACUAAUCUACUUUUGGUAUAUGACAAUAACAAAAACGUUUGGUAAAUUUAAAACUAAUGAUAAGAGAUUAAAGCUCAUAAAGCAAUUCAUUAACUCCUACAUCAAGUCCAACACACUCAUCUCUGGAAAUAAGAAAAGAAAACUCAACAGCGGAAGUGGCACUGAUUCACCUUCUCAUGAAGAGAAUUUGAAGAGAUUGGAAGAUGAUUUGUCAGUCAUUCUGUAUGAUAUGUGGUCAAAUGAAUAUCAAGGAUACCACUUUUUAAUAGACACAGUAGUUAAAUGCAUCAAGGACGAUUUGAUUGAGGCUAGAGUACUACAGAUUUUAGAUAAUGACUGUGAGGAUGUAAAGGUAAAACUAAUUGAUGCCGCUUUAAGAGCAAUUAACAAUAUUGAAUUUGCAAUAAAAUCAUCUGAAAGUCAAUAUGUAUCUACAUUGAAGCAUCGCAGAGGAUCAACAUCGAAAUCCAUAGCGUUGCCUAUCAGUCAUGACAAACCCUCGCCUUCAUUAUCUUUGCAAAGGGCAAUGGAUCAGAGCACCACAUAUAUUGAUAAGAGUAGAUUGUCUACAGGAUCAACUCAAAAUAGCAACCAUUUAUCGACCAACUCAACACCCACAAGGGAGAGCUUUGAUUGGAGCGGCAAUAGUUCAAGCAUGUAUUUGACAUCACCAAGGGUCGAAAACUUACCGAGGGUCAGGAACAGUAUUAGUGGUGGAAUGAUUGGUAAUGGUGGUAGAGGAUUUAGAAGUAGUAACUCAAAAAUAGUACUUCCACCAAUUAAUCUGAGUGCUAUUCAUAAUCCGAGUGGCUCACCAACUACUUCAAGAGGCUCUAAUUCAACGAUAGAUGGUGGUCAUUCAUCAUAUGUAUAUGGUAAUGUAUUGAUGUCACCUCAAUCAAGUGUCGACCACAAUACUUUGCCUAAUUCAACCACUAACCACAAUCACAACAAUCAAAACACUCGUUUAGCAAGUAUGCCAGAAUCACGUCCUGCUGGUUGGGGCAGUGAUCCUACAAAGGAUGCGUCUGGAACGUCAUCCACUAGGAUUGGAAUUGAUGUCGGUACAACUGCACCAAACAAUUUCACAUAUGGGAUAUUAAGUGGAUACUCCAUGGGUGAGAGUGUUAAUAUGCAAAGUAAUGCUGCAUCUUCACAUGUGAGAAACAAAAAUAACGAAAGUGCCCUGGAGCCCAAGGACAAAAGUCAAGUACACCUACAGACACCAAAAUCCUUGGAUAAUUUACUGAAAGACGGCAGCUACGACCGUUCGAGAAAAAACUCUUUAAUGGAUGGCAAUGCUGUGUUGAGUCCGAAUUACCAAGGAAAGUCUGCACAGUCUAAUGAUGAAGUACAAAAGGAUCGAAAGAUCAGGCUCCCACCACCAUCUGAAAUACUAAAUACGGCAUCCACAUAA